GCUCUCUCAGAUGGCUCAGUGCUACAACAUUCCCACUCCUACUGAAGCUAAAACAUUGAGCAUUGAUGCUAAGAUUGAGGGAGACUGCAAGAAAACCUUUGGACAGAACCUUUUGUUAAAUUUCACUGUGAAUUAUAAUGGUCCACAGGCAAGAUCUAACAUGGUCAUUGUAGAUAUUAAACUCUUAUCAGGAUUCACAGCUGAUACAUCAUUGCUUGAACCUCAACACCUUUCAAGAACAUCACUUGUGGAGCGGGUCGAUUCUAAAGAUGAUCAUGUCAUUGUGUAUCUGACAGAGGUUCCAAAAAAUAUUCCAGUGAAUCUCCAGAUAAAACUGAAACAGGUUCUUCCAGUGAAGAAUCUCAAACCAGCUGUAAUUAAAGUCUAUGAUUACUACCAAACAAGUGAUCAGUCAGAGACCGAGUACAAGUCCCACUGUGAAUGAAGUGUCAUGCUUCAGUUCUGCAGCUU